GUCUGACGAUGUCACUUUGGGGUAUCAACGGGAGCCGAGUGAAUGUGGCCUCGUGCUGGCUUGGCGCCUCGCAGAUGAGCAUCGAUCUGGCAAUUGAACAUUUCAAAAGUGAUUCACAACGUGCCAAACCAACAUCGGAUGUUUUAAGCGAUGAAUGGGAACUGGCUGCUAUGGCUUCCAAACUUUAUGCCUCAAGAUUACUUGUCCGUGAAGCUGCUGGUCAUAUUCAGGUACCAUUUUUUCUUGUACAUUUUUAGCA